AUGGCCGCCUUCACCAAAGUAUUCGAGGCGAUUGAAGCUCCAUCAGUCCAAGCAAAAUGCUUCUUCAUUGAUGGGCCUGCCGGAAGUGGAAAAACGUUUCUUUAUAAAGCACUGAUCAGCACAUUGAGAGGAGAUAAUAAGGUUGUCCUUUCUAUUGCCUCGACUGGAAUCGCUGCGAACUUACUGCCUGGAGGCCGAACAUACCAUUCACAGUAUAAAUUACCUGUUCCAUUGGUCGAAAACUCUGUUUCUUCCAUGCGGCUGAACCCUCCUGAAGCCAAAUUAAUCAAGGAAGCAGGUCUGUUUAUUUGGGACGAGUCCACGAUGGCACCGACGCACGCCUUAUCCGCAGUAGACAGAUUGCUUAAAGAAAUCAUGCAAAGUGCGAUCCCCUUUGGAGGAAAAGUGGUUUUGUUAGGAGGUGACUUUAGACAAACACUACCCGUUGUAGUGCAUGGUUCUAGGUCAGCGAUUGUUGAGAGCUCCCUUAAGUUCUGCACGCAUUGGGAUAAAUUCGAAAAGCUGAUAUUGACCGAAAAUGUUCGGUCAGUUGACCCUGAUUACAGUCGAUAG